AGCGGCCCCAACUCGCCGCAGCGUGUCGUCUCCAACUUGCGCGGCUUUCUCAGCCAUCGCCUGAGCAAUAUCACACCGAGCGAUACAGGUUGUUCACUGGCAUGCCAACAACUCACACACUAACAACAACAACAACAACAAAAACAACAACAAACACAGCAGCACGAAAUCAUGUAAGAAACAGCUGUGAGUGCAACUGCAACCGCAACUGCAACAAAGCAAACUGGAGCUAACCACAAACGAGCGAACCACCAAAAGUCAACCGCAAACGGAUGCAGCAGCCCAAUUUCCGGCAGCGGACAUGAAAUCGAAAAGCAUCAGAGCAGCAAGCAAAAGAGCAGAUCAACUAUAAGGGCUACACAUAGUACAAAGAGGGAGCGAGCGAGAGAGGCAUAGAGAGCACGCAAGCUAUUCUAAAAAUAAAAUGUCCCCCUGCCUAAGCUACUAAACUGCAGCCAGCGGAGAGCAAGAGCGAGAGAGAGCGAGAGAGCGAUAGAGCUUAAGCAAUUCUAGAAUCAAAUCGAAAGAGCAGCUUGCAAAAUGAACGCCUGCCACUGAAGUUGUGCUAGCAGAGUGAAAGAGAAAGAGAGAUUGGAAGAGCUCAAGCGAUUCUUAGUACUUAAUCAAAAGAGAAGCAAAGCAAAAUGGCCUCCUUCCAAAUACCGCUGAUCAACCUGGAGGUGCGCGAGGUGAAGGAGAUUGUGUGGGAGAAGAUACAGGAGCCGGUGAAUCAGCGUCGCCUCAUCCUGGUCAUUGUCUCCAUUGCCUUGCUGUUGGACAACAUGCUGUACAUGGUCAUUGUGCCGAUCAUACCCGACUAUCUGCGCGAGAUUGGCAGCUUCGAUGAGGGCCCAACGCCGCCGCCGCUCCGAGAUAAUGUCACUGGGCGUAUCAUUCCGACGCAUCACGAUCAUCACGGCCAAGACUCGGCCACGGGCAUACUCUUUGCCUCCAAGGCCAUUGUCCAGCUGAUGGUGAAUCCGUUCUCGGGCGGCUUGAUUGACAAAAUCGGCUACGACAUACCCAUGAUGAUCGGCCUGACCAUCAUGUUCUUCUCGACGGCCGUCUUCGCCUGCGGCAGCAGCUACAGCGUCCUCUUCUUCGCCCGCUCGCUGCAGGGCGCUGGCUCGGCGUUCGCCGACACCUCGGGUCUGGCCAUGAUUGCGGAUCGCUUCACGGAGGAGAACGAGCGAUCGCAGGCGCUGGGCAUUGCGCUGGCAUUCAUUAGCUUCGGCUGCCUAGUGGCGCCCCCUUUUGGCGGCGCUCUGUACCAAUUCGCGGGCAAAGAGGUGCCAUUCCUCAUAUUGGCACUGGUCUGCCUGCUGGAUGGCCUGAUGCUGUUGCUGGUCAUGAAGCCCGUCAAGGAGCAGAUCAGACAGAGCAAAGAGGUCCAGAACCAGGUAAUACCCAUCUGGCGCCUACUCAUGGAUCCCUACAUCGCCGUCUGCGCUGGAGCAUUGACCAUGUCGAACGUGGCACUCGCCUUCUUGGAGCCCACCAUCUCGCUGUGGAUGGAGGACAAUAUGACCACGGACAACUGGAAGAUCGGCAUGGUCUGGCUGCCCGCCUUCUUUCCACACGUGCUGGGCGUGGUCAUAACCGUGAAGAUGGCACGCAAGUAUCCGCAGCACCAGUGGCUAAUGGCAGCCGGCGGGCUGGCCCUGGAGGGCUUGUCCUGCUUCGUCAUACCCUUCUGCGGGGGCUACAAGACGCUCAUGCUGCCCAUCUGUGUGAUCUGCUUCGGCAUCGCGUUGAUAGACACGGCGCUGCUGCCCACGCUGGGCUACCUGGUGGACGUGCGCUAUGUGUCCGUCUAUGGCAGCAUCUACGCCAUCGCGGACAUCUCCUAUUCGAUCGCCUAUGCCGUGGGGCCGAUCAUAGCGGGCGGCGUUGUGGAGGCCAUUGGAUUCACAGCGCUCAACUUUCUCAUCGCCUUCUCGAAUCUGGCCUAUGUGCCCGUGCUGCGCAAGCUGCGCAACAUCUACGACUUCAAGCCGUUCGAGAACGAGGCCAACAUAUUGAUGCAGGAUCCGCCCAACAAGGAGUACCAGACCUACGUCAUGCACGACCAGAAGCCCGUCGAGGGCGAGCUCAAGAAUCACCUCGAGUACGGCCAGCAGUACCAGUCGGAGCAGGAGACCAAUCUGGACGAGCAGCAGCAGCACCAGCAGUACGACUAUCAGCAGGCGGCUGGCUACCAGCAGGAUCAGAGCUACCAGCCGGGCUACCAGGAGCAGGGCGGCAGCUACGCCCAGCCACGCGUGGCGAAUCCUUUCCAGCAGGCACAGCAGCAGCAGCAGCAGCAGCCAAGCAGAGGUCCUGCUGGACCAGCGAAUCCCUUUAGACAAGGAUUUUAAACUGUUGUCUUCAAGAAAAGAUAUUAUCAUUUCGAUAUAUACAUAUACCUAUAAUUUUGUUGAACUCACUUGAAUUUGGUUUAGGAUAUUACCUACAUAUAUAUAAAUAUAUAUAUAAAUAGUAAGUGGUACGUACACUAUAAAACUGCAUAUGGCAUGCAAAUAGUUCAAGUUCAGCUGCUAAAGCCCCCACGCACCGGUUUUGUAUCAUACACUGAUUGCACGCAGCUACACAUAGGAUAUACAUAUGUAGUAUAUUGGCACCGUUAUCGAUGUCGGUCCAACUAUACUCAGUACUCUAUACGCUGAAGCUAGAGCAACCAAAGCAUAGUCAUAAUUGGAUCAAACUCAAGGAGCAGCAGCGCUCGUUCCUAGUUCCGAUCUGCAACAGAUAUCACAUAUAUAUACAUAGACAUAGUUAUAUACAUAUUUAUACAAGCCGUAGCACGUAAGCGGCGCAGCGGAGCAGGCUGGACAGGUGCCACAGGUGUCGUCGUGCUGAGGAGCAGGCAAUGGCAUUCAUAUCGCAGACAUAUCACAAUUUGCACAAACCGAACUAUAUACACCCUUUCGUGUGCCAUUGCGACGCAUCUGUGGGGCAUCGUGUUGCCGCCCGACCGGCUGUGCCAUAUCAUUUGGAGUUUUGAAAACGAUUUUUGAUUUCAAGUAUUUACUGAUAUUUCUAACAUAAGACACAACCAAGGUAACGAUACAUAUCAGAGUCUCAAUGGCUCGCCUGUUUAAAUUACCAAAGUGAUAUUAACUAUUGCUAUUAGUACGAUAUAUGUACAUAUAUGGUGCAUGUAUGCACGAGUAUACAUCAMAUAUCGUCUAUAUAUACAUACAUACAUAUUUAUAUAUAUACAUAUAUACGUUUAGUCCGUAACGAGAAUUUGAAAAUAUUAGAUGUUUCAUAUAUACCUACCAAUCAAUUAUUAUUUGCUUUGUCGACUUUAUGCGACCGUUGGCUAAGCCCCCUCUAUAUCUAUGUGUAUACAGGGUAUAGCCUAGGCCUAGCAGCUCGAUAAUAGCAUAGCAUAAAUGUGUGUACCUUGUGUAUGUAUCGACAGAUACAUUAUCUCAACUUAGCUAACUGUACGUUAAAUAUAUAUAUAUCAUUUUAAUUGCACUC